GUUUACGUUUGGCUGCAAGACGCAACAAAACAAAUUUAAAGCACAAAAUGAAGCGAAUACAAAGUAAUUGUUUAUUACAACAACUAGGAUAAACAAAAUGAUGCUCUUGCAAUGGAUUUGUAAUCGUUUUGUAUCUUUAUUUGGCAUCGCCAGCUUGCUGAUUGCAAUUUAUUACUAUGGACAGCUCGAGAACCGCGGUAAACGACAUGUGGCAAGAACACCGCCAAAUCCAGAGAUGCCGCUGCCACCAUCCAGCUCCCAGAAGCAGCAUUUCAAACAAUCUGCAAUUUGCUCAGACAACGCCGAAUGCAGCUUGAUAGCAAGAGAUGUUCUGCAACGUGGUGGCAGCGCGGUGGAUGCAGCACUUGCCGCACUGCUAUGUAACGGACUGCUUGGCAUCCAGAGCAUGGGAUUGGGAGGCGGCAUGUUGAUGAACAUUUAUCUGCACAACGAGCGGCGAGCAGUUAGCAUCUUGAGUCGAGAGAUGGCGCCACAGUCGCGCAGCGCCUUGGACUAUGCGAAGUUCCAGAAUGAACAGCAACUGCAACAAUCGAGCUGGUCCAUCGCUGUGCCCACCGAGCUCUUGGGCUAUGCUGUGGCCCACGAGCGUUACGGUCGCCUGCCGUGGCACGAGUUGGUGGCACCCACAUUGGCAUUGUGCCACUCAGGCUAUGCACUGUACAAACAUCAAUUGGAUGCGCUGGUCAUCAAUGAGGCAAUGAUCAAAGCCGAUUCGCUGUUGAGCCGCAUGUUUGUGAAUCCUGAAACGGGAGACUUUUGGCGUCUCGGCAGCCACAUACAACCGCCGAAGCAAUUGUGUGCCACAUACGAAACCAUCGCUGUUGAGGGACCGCGUAGCUUCUACAAUGGCUCAUUGAUGGGGCAAGUUUAUGCCGAUCUACGGGACAUCAACAGCGGCAUUACGCGCGAGGAUCUGACGAACGCACAAGUGCAACUGGCAGAGUCGCUAGUUGUGCCACUGGAUGAGCUGGACUUGCAUUUGGUGCCACCACCUGGAAGCGGACACAUUGUUGCAUUCAUCAUGAACAUUUUGCGUGAGUUUCGCAGCGAUUUUGAGGCAACGGGCAAAUUGGGCGCCCUGGAAAUCCAUCGCAUUGUUGAGGCCAUGAAAUUUGGUUUCGUGCAACGCUGGCAAUUGGAUGAUGCAGCUAACGAGCAGCUCCUGGCGAAUCUCACCAGCCCCGAAUUGGCAGCUCGCAUCGCGCAAUUGAUUGACGAUGCAGAAACCUUCAACAGCUCGUCGCAUUAUGGGGCGAGUAGAGAACUCGAAGCACGCGAUGAACACGGCACAGCGCACAUCUCGGUGCUGCACAAUGGCGACGCUGUGUCCGUGACCAGUUCGAUCAACUUUUAUUUCGGCAGCGGAAGGAUGGGCAAACGCUCAGGAGUAUUGUUCAAUAAUGCGAUGUCUGACUAUUCGUUGCGUCAUUUGAGGAACUAUUUUGAUUUGCCGUUUAUCGAUGGCAAGAAUGCGAUUGGUGUCGCCCCACGGCCCAUGUCCUCAAUGUGCCCCAUUAUUGUCACCGAACGUGAGAGCGGCAAGGUGCGUUUGGUUGUUGGUGCCGCUGGUGGCACGAAAAUCAUAACAGCUCUGGCCCCGUUGCUGGUGCGCAUGUUGUGGCAAGGGGCGGACAUUAAGAGUGCCAUCGAUGCGGCACGUUUCCACCAUCAGAUGCUGCCCAAUGUGCUGCAAUAUGAGUACGGCAUGCUGCAAGCGGAUGUCAACAGUCUGCAGGCCAAGGGACAUCAAUGUGAGCGGUAUCGUAAUCGUGGUUCGGUCAUUUGUGGCAUAUCAAAUGGAUUGAAUGAUGCUGGCAUUGCGGUCAAUUCGGAUUAUCGCAAGUUGGGCGGGGUGGCAGGAAUUUAACUAUAUAUAUAUAAGAUAUAUAUAUAUAUAUAUGUAUGUACUAUAAAUCACA